AUGAUCUCGUUAUGUCAUUCAAAGUGCACUGUAGUUCAGUUGAAAGAAGAAGGUGGUAUUGAGAAGGACUACAUGCAGCGAGGAAUAAGAGGACAUGUUAUUGUUUAUCCACAAAGACCAUCAGAAAUAGCAAGAUCGUUGCCACCAUCUGUUGAGGAAAUCACGUCUCCAUUAUGUGUACUCUUUGUUGGUGCGUAUAAGCCUUCAGAUGAAUGGCUCAGAACAAAGGCUAAACCCCUGGCUGUCAAUGGGGCACACGUCUGGGCAGCUUUGAAAUGGCUGAAAAAUAAUAAUCCCCUUUAUCGUGACAUUGAAAUCAAUGAAACGGUCCUUCAGGAGUUAGAUGACAAUCCAAACUUGCCUUUUGUUAUACAGCAUAUUUUGCCCAGUGCAGCCGGAGACACUCUGACAUUGCGAUAUGAAGCAUCUGUUGAUAAUCCCAAAGUACAAUUGCCCGUACCUGACUCAGUGAAUUUUGAGAGCAUCAUUAUAGCAGACGUUGAUUUUUCUUCCUCUUCGAAUAAUCUUAAACAGGCCACAAUGAGGCACAUCCACAAAAGAGGGGGGGGUUAUAUUGAACUUACGCAUGAUCCUUCACCCACAGACAAAUUUAAUAAUCCUUUGUUGUUCCCGAUGAUAUACCCAACUUUGUUUCUGUAUGGCGUAGGUGGGUUUGAGGAGCCAAGUAGAAGGAUGAGUCUAUUGUUGUGCUCCCAAGUUAAACAUUUUUUCAAUCUGAACGAUACAAGGUUUCAAGAGCAUUAUUCUUUUUUAUUUUCUGCAUUUAAUAUGCUUCAAAGACGAGAAAUGUUGCUACACACAAGUUUGAAAGUGAAACGCAAGAGUUUCACGUCUGUUGCUCGAAGUUUCGCUACUGUUUCCCCAGAAGCACUUCAUAUGUCUCGGAGCGCAUCUCUAGAGGUGAUUAUACAACGGCAAAUAACCCAGAAGAGAAGGAGGCGUUGA